AGUCGAGCAGGGCCGCAGAAGCUGCCCUCAUCAUCUUCUGCCACAGAUUUCUUCUCGGCAUACCAACCAUCAACCCGCCACAGUCGACCACUCGACUUCACUGGCCGCAAGAACAUACCCCGAGAGAGACAGAGAGAGAGAGAGAGAAGGAGAGAUGGGCAGCAUCACAAGCCGAGUCGCCAGAUCCGCAUGUGACCAGACAGAUCACGAUUUUGAGGCCAUCAUUGCCCGGUGCCUCGGAAGCCAGGACACCGUCCUUGAAGAUCUUCAGCCAGGUGACUGGCAAUGGAUCAUCAUCCAGAUUUAAGAGGCGAUGGUAAAGACUACACUAAAUUGGCCAUGAUCUGCCUUCGUUGUCGAGCCCAGAAUAAAGCUAAGGCGGAGAGGCUACGAGUCGCAUGCGAGACUGUGAAGGACAAGGCGGAAGAACUCGCAGCGCAAGCCAAGCUGUGGUCAGCGCUUCUCUGUCAGCUCAUGGCGGAAGUACAGGUACGCUUGUCAGACAUACUGGAAAAGUGCACAGAAAUACAAGAGCUCCGCCACGAACAGGAAGAUCUUGCAUGUGAGAACGAGAACCUGGAGAGAGGCCUAGCCAUCAUGAGCGAUAUGCUGCAGGCUCUUGGCAAUCAACACGGCAAUACCGGCGUGGAGGCUUUCGCGACCACGGCAGCUAUUCGGGCUGGAGGCUAA